UGAAAAGUAACCAAAAUUAUGAACUCUGCCCCGCAAGCGCUGCCUCUUACUUCUCCCUUCUCCCUCUGAACUGCUCCAUCUUCUUCUUCUUCGUCUUCAAUCUCCAUUUCAGUUGAUCUUGAUGGCUCCUGAUUCCGAUUUCAAAUCCGAUUUGGCCGCUGAAAUCUGCUCGUUCUCCGCCCGUUCAGUCUCUUGUCCUCACCGCCAUUUUUCCCGCCCUUUUCUCGAUUGGUAUCGCCUUUUCGGAGUCGAACAAGACGCCGGAAUCGAUUCUAUUCGUCGGAGAUAUCUUAAGCUUGCUCUCCAACUUCAUCCAGACAAAAAUGCGCACCCCAAGGCUGAGAUUGCCUUCAAGCUUGUCUCUGAGGGCUACGGUUGUUUAAUUGAUAAUGUGAAGAGAAGGGCAUUUGAUUUGGAUAGGAUGAAGAAAUUUUGCCCUGAUUGCAACACAAUCCCUUACAGAAAUUUGAGCUCUGCUAGAAAUUCGAAUCCCUUGAAUCUGUUUGAGAAUUGUUUGAGGGCUAACAAUUCCAGAGAAUUCUCUCAACAAUUCAACAACUCACCUGAUUGUUUGAUGAACAACAGCAGGUUUCAUCACAGAAACCACAAAGAAUCCCCAAUCUUCAACCCAUCUGAUUAUGUAUGUCAAGGCUACCCCCAUUUCCAAACCCGAAUCCACCCGAAACCGCAGAGUUAUCGAUGUUUUAGAACUGGGAAUUCAUUGAAAUAUGAAAAGGGUAGAGGAAAGUAUGAGUAUCCAGUGUUUGAGAUGAGUAGAUCAGAGAGGUUUGUAUGUUCAAAUGUUAACAAAUCACAUUGGUGGUGACCUAACUUCCAUUGAUUGAUUGAUUGAGUAAAUGCGUUCUUCCAAGAACAAAUUAGCUCUGUUGUUCUUGAGGAUUUCAAAUUAAAGCAAUUCCCAAUCCCUUUUGUUAUGUGUGU